AAGAUAUCCACAGGCCUUUCGCAGCCUAAUCCGUAUAUGGAAUCAGCUAUCUGGAUACGAGACAGGGAGCGACAACAUUCGCAUAACCAGGUGGUAACUGUUCUCGCGUCUGUGUUGAAUAUGGACUAAAAUUUUGAUAGGAUAUUAUAGGAUAUAUUUAUGAUGUUCGACUUCCCGUUGGAAGUUUUACGGGACUGGUACCUCCGCCUGGUGCUGUUACAGCUCCUCGUGCGAUUUCCUGUCGGACACUCGAGCUUUUAUCAGUGCCCGACCAUGUGCAAGUGUGAAGCUGCGCAAAAGGAACCCCCUGGGGUAUACGUAGAUUGCACGGCAAAGAACCUCACCAGAGUGCCGCCAGGGCUCGGACCCGACACCAUCAAACUAGGCCUUAGUAUGAACAACAUCAGCCAGCUACCGGAUCGUGCCUUCUCACACCUACCGCGUCUUGAGCUGCUUUUGUUGUCCCACAACCGGAUCCGAAGCGUAGAGCCGCGGGCCUUUGAUGGGCUUCCCGUCCUCUACCUUCUGGAAAUCAGUAACAAUGAGCUGACGGAAAUUCCGAAAGGAAUCGACGCGCUGCCGGAUCUGGUGGAUCUGGAGAUUGCAAACAACCGUAUCUCUACCAUUGCGGACAGCUUGUUCCGAUCCAACCGGCGGCUGGAGUUCCUAAAGCUCAACGACAACCCGCUUCAGACCGUAGGCAGCGGCGCCUUCAGCGGCAUGCCCCACCUCCGGCAACUGGAAUUAUCGGAGGUACGCGGGAUAAGUGAAUUCCCGAACCUGACCGGAAGUGCGGGGCUCAAGAAGGUCAUCCUGGACCGCGCCUCCAUCGGGCGUCUCCCAGAGAACUUGUGUGAACACGUGCCUCUGCUCAACGUCUUCGACGUACAUGCCAACUUUAUCCGGGAUAUUCCACCCAUGACUGGAUGCAGUGAGCUUACGCAGCUGAACUUUGGCAACAAUGACAUAUCGAGCAUCGAAAACCGGCCUUUUGAUGGUCUUCAGGCCCUGAAGGAUCUGAUCCUGUCCAACAACAAGAUCACCUACAUCUCCGCGGAAGCCUUCGCCAGUCUCGUCAGUCUAGAGUACCUAGACCUAUCCUACAACAAGAUCGGGCACAUCAACACGGAGGCCUUCGCCAACCUGAACUCUCUCAUCGAUCUAAACCUCGCCGAGAACCAAUUCCCCACGCUGCCGACAGCCGGUCUUCAGAAACUGCAAUACCUGAAAACGUACCACAACCGCUACCUGGAGACGCCGCCGUCCGCAGAGGCGAUUCCUAACAUCCUGCACAUUGUCGCCGCCUACGCCUACCAUUGCUGCGCCUUCCGCCGAGUUCAGCAGGAGCAAGUAUACCGGAAGGACUUCAUGCUCGACCAAACGGUCACGUGGCUGAGAGACCCAAACGGCAGCGCGCUCUGGCCCGAAACAAACAACCUCAGUGACCCGAACUUCCCGCUGUACUUGGACUACGAGGACGAGGACGACGCGCUGUUUAACGACUCGCUGCUUCCCAACGAAACGGCGUUCUCCACCUCCAUCGACACAGAGAUCCGCGUGAAACCCGUCGUCGAGUGCUCACCGGAACCCGACCCGUUCCAGCCGUGUGACGACCUGUUUGGCUGGUGGUCGCUGCGCUGCGGCAUCUGGAUCGUCUUCCUGCUGGCGGUGAUUGGCAACGGCACGGUGCUGUUCGUGUCGCUGUUCAGCAAGUCCAAGAUGGACGUUACCCGCUUCCUUAUCUGCAACCUGGCCUUCUCGGACCUAUGUAUGGGUGUCUACCUUGGAUUCCUGGCCAUCGUUGACGCAUCCACACUUGGUGAGUUCGAAAAGUACGCGGUGCGGUGGCAGAGCAGUGGUGGCUGCCUGGUGGCGGGUUUCCUGGGUGUGUUUUCCAGCGAGCUGAGCGUCUUCACGCUUGUCGUCAUCACCGUGGAACGCUUCUACGCCAUCUCACACGCCAUGCAGCUCGGCAAACGGGUGCGUCUCGGACACGCAGCUGUACUGAUGAGUAGCGGGUGGAUAUUCUGCAUUUGUAUCGCAAGUCUGCCACUGUUUGAAAUCAGCGAUUUUAGAAAAUUUGCCAUCUGCCUUCCAUUCGAAACGGAAAGUCAAAUUUCACUAGGUUACGUGUGCUUCAUCAUGAUUUUCAACGCCAUCUCGUUCGUGGUGAUUCUCGUCUGCUACGCUUACAUGUUCAUGUCCAUCCGCGCCGCGCACUCGUGGAAUGCCAAAGACACUGUUGUGGCAAAGCGCAUGGCGCUACUCGUAUUCACAGACUUCUUUUGUUGGGCCCCGAUCAUAUUCUUCUCUGUGACCGCAGCUUUCGGAUGGACGGCGGCCGGAAUUAGUCUUGACGAAGCGAAGGUCUUGACAAUUUUCGUUCUUCCGCUAAAUAGCUGCGCCAAUCCUUUCUUGUACGCCUUUUUCACUAGACAAUUCAAACGAGACUGUGUAAAACUGUGCAAACGAAUAGAAGAGUCCAGUUAUUCUAGACACGCCUCCAGCAGUGGUAAUGGAAGAUCUUCGGCGCUUCUUAAUCGUCAGCAGCGGACAAACACUUGUGUGAGACAGCAAAGGGGAUGUAACGACAAGGCCAAUAUAGCGAGCACAUCUGGCGAGGCAUCGACGAGCUCCAACAACGCGUCGGACGACUCAGAUCUGACGCUGCGGAAGGUUCGUCUGACUGCGGAAGAGAAGCAGAUAGUCCGCUAUGUUCGCUCGCCCGACAUGUCGCUGAAAUUGCAGCCACUUCAACUGCGUGAGAAUGCUUCCCAACAACUGAAAACCGGUCAGCCAUCUACCCCAAGGAACACCAGUCAGAAAAAUGCACAAUCACCAAAGGAAAAUCCUGUUGAAGAGGAUCAAGAUUCGUGGCCAGAUAUAAUCGUACACACAAAGGAAGGCAAUGCCUUUCUGAAAACUACAGCAGACGACGCACCAUCCAAAUCCUUGAGAAGACGCGUCUGCGGCAGCUCCAAAUCCGGUUAUAGUGAAUGUCUAGAAACGUCCGCCAGGUGCGCAGGGCGACUGUGUAACCACACACUAGUCACCUUGCAUCAUCAAAAGGUGUCACUGCCCAGUCGGUCUGUAGAAUCUCAGACGGAAGAAGUCAAAGCUGCCGUUGUGAAACCCGCGACAAUUAUACCAAGCGUACACGACAAUCUGCUGUGUGAAGAAAAGAUUCAUGUCAGAAAAAAGUUCGAAGCAGACAGAAGUAAGGAAAUAGGACUUAAUGCGACACAUUUUGUCAAAAGUAAAGGUGAACAAUCGAACCUGAUUAAAUGUGACAAUACAGUGAGUCAUGCUGAUGCGACCACACAAACUGACAAGCAUGUUCUCCCGCUCAUUCCACAGUUGAAGGGUUUGCAUAGGGCAACGGCAAAACAAGAAAAAGAUAGGCACAUUAUAGAGUGGCGGAAAACCUCGCAGUUGUCAUUUCUUUGGAAACAUUCUGGUACAUUCGAUGUGAUGUGUCCAAAACAAAAGUCCAACAGUUUGGUCGAGCUCACUCGGCCAGUGUCCGUCGAGGCAACCACGUCCACAAAGCGGCAUAGCCUUACUUCGAAACAGGAAGGAUACAUACUGUUGAAGAACUCAAGCAGAGAUUCGGCAUAUGAAGACGAUGACCAGUAUGUGUUUUAUGACCACAAACCGACGAGCGUUAAAAAUCAAGCGGACAAUAGACGCAAACAACGGAACGAUAUGCUAUAUAAGAAUGCAGUAUACAGAGACAAUGAAGACUCGAGUAUGGCGGUCCCGGGUUCUGGUGCGGGACAGGAGGGCGAGUGUGAGACGUCGCUGUGCAUUCCGCAGCACCGGAACAGCUGUGAUAUCGAAAGCGGCAUCAGCUCCAGCUCGUGAUGGCCCCAGUUCCGCCAGGUCACCAAGGUCAAUAGGGCGAGCCCCGACACUUCACCAAGGUCAAUAAAACGAGCCCCGACACUUCGCUAAGCUCAAUAGUGCGAGCCCCAACACUUGACCUAGCUCAAUUGUGCGAGCCCCGAAAGGUCACCAAGCUCAAUGGUGCGAAAUAACGGCAUUUAUAUUUCUUCAAUUAAAACUAUAAUGCGUGGCAUAAACAACUUUCGAAUACAUUCACGAAUAAUGCGUAUAAAAACGUAUGCACGUACACGAAAACAUGCACAACGGCAUAAAUACGAGUAUUAACAGCCUGAAGUGUUUAAAAGAGCAAUGUGCGCGUACGCCUUAUUUAAGACACUUUGUUUUAUCUAUGUUUAUGACAAUUGCAAAACAUGUGGAGUAUUGUUAUUUCAUUCAAAAUGUUGCUUCUUUUAUCGUGAAUUUUAAAGUUGAAAGUUUGAAUUAGGAAUCUCAUUUGUUAUAUACUUAACUUGACAUAUGGAAUGCGUUCUGUUGUUAACGUGUUUCUUUAUUAUUUUUUUUCAUGUUCUAUUAAUGUCUACUUAUGUUGAUGUUAUUUCAUCCUAAUAUCCAUCCUAAUAUUGAACUCCAGUGUUGAGAAAGAUUUUGCUCACUUAGAUUUAUUCGUAUAAACUGACAAUGAACUGAUAAUUGCGUAUUCACUGCAACAUGGAAAUCGACUUGACAUUUGCCGAAUUGAAUAAAGUGAAUGCAUGGUG